CGGAUACGCUUGCGUGAAAAUUUGAUUCAUCAAUAAUAACUUUUAUUCAAUUUUGAAACGUGUAAUAAUUAAUUUAUCUAACGAUUGAUCGAAAAAAUCUCAGUUCAUUAACGAAAGAUUAAUUUUAUUUCUAUUUGAUUAUACUCAUAUUUAUAUGAAAUAUCUGGCAAACAAAAAUAUUAUUACUGUACAUCGUGACUUUUAUUUCUUCCUUUCUGAUUGACGAUUAAACAUGAUACGUACGAAGUAAUGGAUAUCGAAAUACAAGCGUUGCUUACAAAAUUCCAACUCUAUUUUGGAUCGAAACUGGAUACACUGGCGAGAAAUACGAUAGUACCACAUGCUUGCAUAAUAAUAAUACAACCAAGCAUGUGAAACGCCGAUCUUUCAUAUACAUAAGCGAGUAUGUCUACAGUAACUUUUGCUUUUAGACGUAGGAAAAGAUCAGAAGCUGUCUGGCGAUCGAGGGGUUUAAUCGAAUCUCGAAUUUCUGGAAAUUAAAUUCUGCAAGUGAAAUUAUAAUUUCGGCUCGUUGAAUAACGUUCUAACCUACCGUAAUGAAUAUCCUAGGUGUACUUCAAAAGUUCUGAGAAGAUAAACAAGAAAAAAUUAAAUUGAAAAAUGUCGUGGAUAUAUAUUUCCAAUCCUUCCGCGACUUUUUGCCCAGCCUGUAUGAAUGCAUUACAUAAUGAACGUAUUCUUAAACGUAUAUAUACUCUGAAGUAUAUGUGAAGUAUAUGUGAAGUAUAUGAAGUACUGGUUACAGUACCACCACCCUUUGGGAUCAGUCGUCAGAAUCUUUCAAGCGAGUCACUCUAGAGUAUCAUUAUUUAACAUGAGUUUUCAGGAUAUUAUAGAACCAGAGAAAGUAGAGGAGGUGUUAUUGUCUCAUUUAAAGGAAAAUAAGAUCUUACUAAAAGGACCAAAACCGUGGACUAUUCGUUCUUCGCUAUUGGGUGGUCGUGGCGUGUUCGCCACCCGAGACAUCAAACAAAAUGAAUUAAUAUUCAUUGAUUCGCCUCUAUUAGUCGGACCUAAAUACACGGGCAAAUAUUUUGAAAUGUGCGUAUCAUGUUACAAGAACGAAUGCGCAUUAUUUCCGUGCGAUAGAGGUUGUGGCUUGCCAGUUUGCUCGACUCAAUGUGAAAAUUCGCCAAAGCAUGUGAAUUAUGAAUGUGAAUAUCUUAAAUCAUUGGUACCGACUUGCGGUACCGAUUGGUCCCCAAACUUAUUACUGGCUGUGAUACUCAUCCGUGCGCUCUUUCUAACGGAACAACAGCGUAAAUGCUUGGCAACGCUUCAGUCUGAUAAAAAUCUGACUUGUUAUCCCGAGAUCGAACAAUUGAAAAAGAAUGUGAUCAAUUCUCCAAGCGAGGAAGAUAUGGAAUUGAUGGAGCAUGUGUGCAGAAUACUUAAUACGAAUUCGUUUGAAACGAUUAUGGUCCACGACAAAGAGCAUUCUGUGAGUUUACGAGGACUUUAUUCUAUUGCCUCGUUCCAAAAUCACUGUUGCGUACCGAAUACAAGACAUCAUUUCGAUGGAGAAUUUCGGAUGUAUGUUAGCGCUGCCCUUCCGAUUGCUACUGGAGAGGAGAUCACUAGCACUUAUACGAGUUUAUUUUGGGAUACAACAUUACGGCGGAAAUUUUUAAGUAUAACUAAACACUUCUCCUGCACGUGCAAAAGAUGCAGUGAUCCUACGGAAUUUAAAUCUAGGCUAGGUGCACUGUUAUGCGCAUCUGACAAAUGUUCCGGAGAGUUAUUACCCCUAGAUCCUCUUAAUAUGACUACUCCUUGGAUUUGUGAUAAAUGUGCCAUAACCCUAAAUCAUCGGCAGAUAUGUUCGAUUCGUUCAGGUAUAGCGGGAAUCAUAAAGGAAGUUUUAUGCAAAACACCACGUGAGAUAUAUAAGUUUCUGCAGAAGGAGCUUUCACUUUUGACUCCUUGGAGCAAUUACUGUAUUGUAGAUAUGAAGUUUCGAAUUGUUUCAUAUUAUGGCAGAAGUGAUGGUGCCAAAUGGGAAGAUUUAAGUGAUACUGAGCUGAAUCUAAAAGCGAAAUUCUGCAAUGAUUUACUUUCUGUACUGGAUGAUUUAAAUUGUGGUGAUUGUAGAAAAAGAGGUCUUAUUUUAUAUGAACUAUAUUGCACAAAUCUUGAAAAAAUAAAACGAUUUAAACAACAACCAAAUAUUGAGGAAGUUGAUGAAAAUCAACGUAUAUUAAAAAAGGCAAUCACUAUACUACAAAACGAUAUUAUUUCGACUGUUACAUUUGAAUAUGAUAAAAACUAUUUUAAACAACCAAUUGCUGUAUAAAAGAUAUUAUCGACGAAUAGAACAUAAAAUAUACUUAUAACCGUAUAAUAUAACGUAUAUAUAAUAACGUUAUAAUAUACUUAUAAUCAUAUAAUAAAAUAACUUAGAGAACAAUAAAAGAAACGUGUAAUUCUUUUAAAAUGAAAUUGUAUCGUUUAGAAAUCUAUCAUAUUUUUUAAAAAUAAUGUUCAAUUUUAGUAACUAUAAUUUCGAUAAAGGAGACAUGAAGAUUGAAUAAUAUACAAAAAGACAUUUAGUUAUGGAAAAUUAAAGAACUAGAUAUUAAGAAAAACGUAUCAAUUUAAUCUCUUUUUACAUUGCACCCCAGAUGGCUAAAUUGACAGCAAGAAAUAGCUAAAUAGCUGUAUCAGACUAGCAGGUAAUAAAGUGAUGCACUUAUACCCUAUGCUCUAUCGUAUAUGAUAUAAUAGCAAAGUGCAACUUUGUUGUUUCAUACUGCCUGUUGUAAUAAACAUUUUGCUUCUUCAUAUAAAGCUGUACAAGGUCUUAAAACUUCUAAAUCGUAAUCCACAUCCUCAUCAAUAUUUACAUUAUUAUUCCUAUAAUAUAAUAAUAUUAUGCAUUGUUAUUCUGUUAAAGCUAUGUCAUUCUACUAAAAAAAUAAAAUAUUUACCUGUACAGAAAAUCAUCCACUGUAGGUAGCAUAUCAUUGUUUAAGUCACGUAGCAAACGAUUUCGUGCAAGUGCUGUAUGCAUAAAUGCAACAU